UUAAUGCAAAAUGUUCUUUUUAAAAUAAAUGUCCAGAAUCAUGACGUGGCAUAAUCGUGACGAUAACAUAAUUUUGAUCAGAAACAAUCAACGGUCUAGAUUGAGUCCUGAGUCUAUGGUUCUUCUUUAUCUUCCCUGUCUCUUCUCCUUCCUCACUCCCUCUUCCCUCUCUUUCUCUCUCAAGAUUAUUUGCUCUGUUCAGAGCUCCAAAUUUAAAGAGUAACAUACACACAACACAUAUACGAUGUUGCUUGGGAAGAGACAACGACCACCGAUUAACAGAACCACAAGUCUAUCGGAGAUAAAGUUCGAUCUAAACCUUCCCAGCGAAUCAGAGCCAUCUAAUCAACAGAAUCCAACCGUGGUGAGCCCGUACGGUUCCAACGGUCAAGCCGUAACAGCAGCCGUCGAUCAAAACCGUGCGUUCUUAGAUCAACGGCUCUUAUCUAUGGUCUCAUCGAGAGGUAACCUGAGGAGACACUCAGGAGAUUUCUCGGACGCUGGACAUUUCUUGAGAUCUUGCUCACUUUGUGAACGUCUUCUUGUUCCUGGCCGUGACAUCUAUAUGUAUAGGGGAGAUAAGGCCUUUUGUAGCUCAGAGUGCAGGCAAGAGCAAAUGGCACAAGAUGAGAGGAAAGAGAAAGGUAAAUCGGCACCACCGGCGAAAGAACCGGCGGUGACAGCUCCUGCGAGAGCGAAACCCGGCAAAGGGAGAGCUGCAGCCGCCGUGUAAUCCCCAUUUUCAUAUACAUUUAGCUAUAUAUAAUUAUAUAUGUGUGUGGUUUGCUAUGUGUUUGUAUAUGAUUAUGAUGGGUAAUACAUAUAUAAAACAUUAAGCGUUAAUUAACCGUGAUUAACUGUGUUAAUCACCCUCGUGUUGUGGUGAAAGUAGAUGAUUUUUCGAGGGUUCAAAUUUUACAAGUUUUGAUCUAUUUCAAAUAAAA